CUCCAUCUUCGGAGCAGCCUCUGACACGUCGGAACAGAUUCGCGAUGCAAACCCCACUUCAGAUGAGGAGGUGAUUAUCAUCAUGCUUUUAAAGAACAACGAUUGAGUCAAAUAUCUGCAUCAAUUGAAUAUCACCAACACAGUUCACAUUUUUACCCAAAUUAAUUGCCAAUUACAUACGCCAAUACCAUCACCAUGGGCUCCCUCAACCCUGCGCCCUCCCAGCAACCCCAUGUUCCCAGCCCUGGAGUAUGGUGCCCAGCAGUCACCUUCUUCAACCACUCAGACGACACAGUAGAUCAUGCUUCUCAAGCAAAAUACUUCACCCAUCUCGCCGACUCCGGUCUAAACGGUCUUAUCGUGAUGGGCUCCAACGCCGAGGCCUUCCUCCUCACCCGCGAAGAACGCUAUGAGCUCAUCGCCCUCGCCCGCAAGACAAUCGGCCCUGACUUUCCCCUUAUGGCCGGUGUCGGAGCUCAUUCUACUAAGCAGACUCUUGAGCUUGCUGAAGAUGCUUACAAGGCUGGCGCCAAUUACCUCCUCGUGCUUCCGCCGGCAUACUUUGGCAAGGCUACGAGCAUGAACGUUGUUAAGCGCUUCUUUUCGGAGGUUGCGAAGAAGUCACCUUUGCCAGUUGUUAUUUAUAACUUCCCUGGUGUGACUAAUGGUGUUGAUAUUGAUUCUGAGACGAUCGUCCAGAUCUACGAGGAGAGCAAGAAGUCUCAUCCUAGCGGAAAGUCCAACGUCGUCGGCGUAAAGUUGACCUGUGGCUCCGUUGGAAAGAUCACCCGUCUCGCAGCUCAAAUCCCCUCCUCAGAAUUUUCUACAUACGGUGGUCAAUCCGACUUCCUCAUCGGCGGUCUAGCAGCGGGCAGCGUAGGAUGCGUCGCAGCAUUCGCCAACGUUUUCCCAACUCUCACAUCAAAGAUCUACGCUUUAUACAAGGAGGGCAAGUUUGAAGAAGCUCUAAAGUUGCAACAACUCGCUGCUCUUGCUGAACGACCUUGCAAGGCGGGUGUUGCUUCUACAAAGUAUGCUGUUGCAGUGUUUUCGGCAAGAUUGGCGGGUGUUGAAGGCGCGGAGGAGAAGUUGGCGCCAAGACAUCCGUAUGAACCUGUUGGUGAGGCUGUUAAGACGAGUGUUAAGAGUAUUAUGAAGGAGGCGGGGGAUAAGGAGGAGGAGUUGCUGAAGACUUGGACGGAUCGUGUUAAGGGACGCCUGAACUAGAUAGAGGGGAAAAGUCUAAACGUUGAGAAUAAUAGAGCUGUUACUGACAUGAGACGAGACUUGUUAUGCUAUGGAGUGAGACGUGCGGGUGACGUGAUGGUUUCGGAGGAAACGCCCGUUGACCCUGAUCUUCCAGGACUGUUC